AUGACGAAAGCAUCCCAAGCUCUCCCCACAUUCUCGGCUUAUGAGCCGGCGCAUAUCGAGCUUCAAAAAUUGUUGCCAUUCGAGUCUGCUUCACAAGCAUAUCGACUAGCUCAGCAUCAUUCUACAAUGGCAGACGAAGUACCAGAAAUCUCGUACGAGGACCUCGCCUCAAUCGAGGAUGACUUUGAAGAGAUCGACACCCAGAUCAUGCGAAAGCAGUACGACAUCUCCAAACCAGCAUACGCCAAACGAGCAGAGGCCAUCGCCAAGAUACCGACCUUCUGGCCUCUGGUAUUUGAACAGGCCCCGCCAGAAAUCGACCAGUACAUCCAGCCCGCCGACUCGCAAAUCAUCAACGACCACCUCAAAAGUAUAAGCGUGAGUCGUAUUGAGCUCGAAGACAAACCUGAAGGUGGCAACCCGAGAUCGCUUAAGAUCACCUUCAACUUCAGCGCGAAUGAGUACUUCGGCAAUGAGAAGCUCGAAAAGACAUUCUGGUACCGACGAGCGAGCGAUGGCUGGACCGGACUCGUCUCAGAGCCUGUGAAAGUGGAUUGGAAGAAAGGCAAGGAUCCUACAGAAGGCCUGACAGAUGGUGCACAUGCUCUUUCUGCUGCGCGAAGGAAAGUAGGAGACAUGACUGGGAAGGGUAUGCCUGAAUACACUUCUCUUGCGAAAAAGCUGGAGAGCUGGAACGGUCAAAACACUACUUUCUUCACGUGGUUUGGGUUCGUGAGUGGGAGGCGAUAUGUCAAUGCUGAGGAGAGCGAGAAGGCCACCAAGGAGUAUCAGCAGAAGAAGGAGGCUAGGAAGCAGGGCGAUGAUGCCGGUAAGGAUGAGGCGGAGGACGAGAACGAAGACGAGGAGGCGGAGGAUGAUCAAGCCGUGGAAGUGCAUGAAGCCGGAGAGGAUCUUGCAGUGGGUAUUGCUGAGGAUCUCUGGCCCAAUGCGAUCAAGUUCUUCACGCAGGCACAGGAGAUGGGUGAUAUGUCUGAUCCAGAGUUUGAAGAUGACAUGGAUGAUGAGGAGGAUGAGGAUGAUGAGCCUGUUGACAUUCGGAGUCUGGUUGGCGGAGCAGAGAAGGGGAAGGCGAGGGACAGCAACGGUCCCCCGGCGAAGAAAGUGAAGCGGUGA